GUCGAUCAACGCCUCCGAGGGUUUCCCGAGGAUAUGCGGUCUCGGAGUGAGCCACUAAUUGGGUGCUAGGGGAGGAGCACGCCAUCUUCUGCAAUACCCUACUGGGCGGAAACGUAUCCAUCUGGCUGCAGGAGGGUCGCAAUGAUCAACCUCGUCGGUUGUCCUCCGGUCGACUCACCGGUGGCUAGAACAUCACGGGCCCGGACACUAGCCAUCGCAGGAGUCUCGCACGUCAAUCCGUUUGUCAACGGAAUUGUCAAUCGAUAUUGCAAAGCCAGAGAGGAUCAAUGUGCAGCGCUGGAUGGAUGAUGAGGGGGUUUAUUGUUCGGGAUUUGGUGUGAGGCUCAAACGAAAGAAGAGAAGAGUAUAAGAAGGGGUGGGAAUUCGAAGGCAAGGACCCCAAGAUACGAAAAGCAUCCUUCAUCAUCACCGAGCUUUCCUCUCAGCAAAAUGUCUUCCAUUGUGUCAUCUUUCCGCGAGGGAGCAGUUCAGCCCCCAUCCACCUACAAAGACCCCCGCGAGGAAACAUGGGAGGACCAGACUUCUUUCUUUGCCCGAGAUCACUUAUCCCCAAAUCAGCAAACAGCCUGGGACUCUCCUGGCCAGGCCGCUUACGACUUCCGCUCCGAUUAUGUAACUUCUCCCAACAUCGCCAUGCUGGCGUCGAUCAUCAACACAAGCCUGCUAGACGAUGUCAUGAAGGAGGACCCUACCACCAACUCUUUCCAGGAGUUCAUAGCCCAACUGACGGGUCAUGAAGACUCACUCCUGGUCAUGUCUGGAACCAUGGGCAACCAGGUGGCGCUUCGAACCGCCCUGCUGGCCCCACCCUAUAGCAUCCUCGCUGACAGUCGCAGCCACAUCAUCGGCAUGGAGGCCGGUGGCCCGUCGACGCUGUGCGGAGCCCUCAUGCAAGGCGUCGCUCCGUCCAACGGACAUCACCUCACCCUCGAGGACGUGAAGCGGCACGUCACGCUCCGUGAGGAUGUGUACGACUGCCCCACGCGAAUCAUCAGUCUGGAAAAUACGCUCUCCGGAACCAUCAUGCCUCUGGAGGACGUGCGUGCAAUAUCCACCUGGGCCCGGAGUCAGGACCCGCCCAUCCACAUGCACCUCGACGGGGCGCGGUUGUGGGAGGCGGUGGCGGCCGGCGCCGGCACCCUCAAGGAGUACGCUACCUGUUUCGACAGCGCGCAGCUGUGCUUCACCAAGGGUCUGGGCGCCCCCAUUGGAUCAAUAGUCAUCGGCAACAAGGCCUUCAUCAAGCGGGCCCGCUGGAUGCGCAAGUUGCUGGGUGGAGGCAUCCGCGCGGCCGGCAUUGUGUGCGCCCCGGCCCGGGUGGCGGUGGAGCAGAUCUUCCUGGGCGGACGCCUGCGUGCGAACCAAGAAACAGCAAAGAGACUCUCCAAGCUGUGGGUGAGUCUAGGCGGGAAGCUUCAGCAUCCGACCGAAACCAACAUGAUAUGGUUGGAUUUGGAGGCCGCAGGAAUUGACAAGGAGCAUUUUGCGGAUCUGGCUGAGAAUGCAGGCGUUAAGACCAUGCGGGGUCGUUUGCAGGACCGGCUGAUCAUUCAUUACCAAAUCUGUGAUCGUGCCUUGGAGGCCUUGGCGAAUCUUUUCGCGGAGAUUCUGAAGGCAAAGCGGGAUUAUCGGCAGAAGUGA